AUGGAGGAACAAUCUAUGACUAUAAAAGCAAGGGACAACGAUGCAGACGACACUUUGAUUUACACAGUGCAGAGUAUAAGUGAUACAUCAAGAGGAAUUAAAGAUCAUUUUCGUCUGAAUCAAAAAACAGGUGAAUUAACUUUUGAGGGCAACUAUGACGUGGAUCAUGGCCAGCCAUCUCAGUUUCAUAUCAAAAUGUCUGCUACUGAUUCUGGAAAUUUAACUGCGUUCACAAUUAUCAUCAUUAAUAUUCACAAUAUGAACGACAACUCUCCCAGUUGUAAAGAUAUGACGAUUUACACUCCUUUGUGCAUUCCACUUGGACUUCCUAUCUUGAACUUGACAGCAGACGACAUUGAUGGAUCUCCGGUGUCGUUCAUAUUUUCAUCGAGCAGUCCAUCAAAGAAAAAUGAGAGCAACGUAGGCCUCGAUUCCAUAAGACAAAUAUUUUCAUUGACUGAAAAAGGUUCACUUUCCUUGAAAAAUAACAUAUCAAGUGAAACAUACCACCUCAACAUCACUGUGGUGGACAAUGGCGGUCUGACUGGCCACUGUGUUGUGACAGUUAGGUUUCUUAAGUGUGACGUGAAUGUUUCCACAUCUGAAGGAAAAUUCCUGUUUGAAUUAAAUGAGAAUGACAGAGAAGACUGUAAAAAUAACGACACGCUGUAUUGGGCACUUCCUCUUUGUAUCGUCAUUUGCGUCGGUGUCAUCUUAAUCCUAACAGUUUACGUAUGCAUAUUGAAAUUUAAGAGCAAUCCUAACACCAGGGUGAAAGUUUUUGAUCAGAAGAACUAAUUUCUUUUUAGUUAUCAUUCAUCCUAAGCCACAAAUACUAACUACAUUUAGAUUUAUUAUUGAU